CCCCUGGCACAGGGCGGCACCCUCGCUGCGUAGCUCGUUCCGGGCCCCGCCAGCUGGCGUACUUGCUGGGCACCCACAGGCCUGCCGGGUUCCGAGCAAUCCCUCCGUGGGUACGAGCGGGGAAAACUGCGUAGGAAGACUUUAAAGACUGGGGAGCUGUGCGUGAAUAGUAACGAGAAAACCCAGAUACAGAACAGGGCGCCCACGCCUGAGCUCUGCUGAUCUGUUCAAUAUCCUUGCUCUUGCUGCAAGCAGCUGCUGGGAAAACUUGGGUGCGGGAUGAAAGGCUGCCGGAUUCCUGAGUGCUCCCACUCCAGGAACAGAGAAAGCAGUCAAUGGAGAAAGCCCAGGAGACGCUGGCGUUGGAGACCAGGCCAGCAUGGCACCAGGAGAGGGCUGCCAGCGACAUCGUGCCUGCACCAGGAGACUACUGCUCUCCCAUCAGGAGGAGCCAUGGCCACCAGCCCCGGAGUCUGUGGGCACCCCGGACUGCCUGUCUCUGUGUUUCCAGUGCCGCAUGACCUCAGAUCUGACACUGAACCUGAACUCACCUCUUCUGUCUCCAAAAGAGCGAGGAGGAGAAAAACACUGUUGUGCAAGUCACCAACUUCAGACCCUGCAACCAAGAGGCCCUCCCCUCAGGCCCUGGACCACACAGGAAGCGGGACAAAGACACACACGAGGCGGUGGGCGGGGGAAGACAGCCAUGUGACCACAGAGGCAGAGAUCGGCGUGAUGCAUCUACUGGAUGAUUGCCAGUGUCCAGCUGCACACAGGCUCCAGUUCCCAGUCCCAGGGGAGGACCACUGCUGCGUGGAUACCAUCACAGUGCCAACCACCAGGGGCAGAGGUCCAAACUCUUCUACCCUCCGCAUCCUGGCAUCGGAGUCGCCAAGGAAAGCGCAAGGCAGCCGAGCACCCAGCAGACAACCUUUACUCAUGCAGAGCAGACAGACAAGGUCCACUCCGGCAGUGGGCCGUCCCCACACCAGUGGGCAGUUGGCCUGCCUGCACCUCUUCAGCCUAUUCUUAAGUGGCCCUGAAGGAUGGCCUUUCCCAACAGUGAAGCUAGGAGAGGCAAGUGGGAUCCUCCCCUACAGGUUUCGGGCACAGCUCUGCGACACCUUGAUUUUGGACUUCUGCCCUCCAGAACUGUGGGAGAGUAAGUUUCGGUUGUCUUAAGCCCCCCUCUUUGAGGUACUUGUUACAGCAGCCCUAGAAAAUGAAUAUAACUGCCCAGUAGCAAAAUUACUUUUCUUCAGCAAACAGAGAAACAGCCGUGAUUUGUAUGGCCUUUUUCCACCUGCACUUCCACACAGCCUCACCUGAGACUGCCUGAGAAGGAGAUGCACCAGAUAGAUGGAGGAGGGCCCUGUGUGGGGACAGGCAUCUGUCCAUGCUAUCAUUCCACCCGCUUUGCUGAACUGCCUGUCAGCGGGGGCAGGGGGCACAGAGCCAUGGGGCAUGUCCCUGGGAGUCUAGGAUCACCCCACAUCUUAGCAAGACCCACCGCCCAGAGGUUGCUAUGAGGAGGGCAAGCCUCAGAACUCAGACCCUGAUCUUUCCUCCAUAGCACCAGUCUGGCCAGCAGGUAGGCUCAGCCCUGGGGAGAGUUGGGACGGCCCCAGGCCAGCCCUGCCAGGGCUGCCCUGACUCCUUCCCAGCCCUGCUGUCCUCUGGGGCUCCGAAAGGGAAAGUGGGCUUGUGUGCCCUUUACACAUUCAUGCCUUCAAAUUGCUGUUGUCGCUAGAACUAGUCAUAACGAUGGUGGUAAAACAAGCUUGAUAGCUCGGCUCGGUUCAGAGCUACAGCCGGCGCUCCCCACUCACUCCCAGGCGGUGACCUCCCAGCCCAUUCCCCCCACGGAGGCAGGACGCUCACUGGCACGGUGCAACUUUUUUUUUAAACACACAGGUUUUUUUUCUUUAAUCGUUCAUUUGAUUUAAUUUUAAGUUCACUUUCACUACGUGAUGAGAUGGGUGCAUAUUACACUAGGCUUCCACUAUGAGAGAGCUGCCACGGCUAAAACAAAUACAGCCCUCAGUCCCUUUCCGCUUCCCUUUCUGAGUCCCACAAAAGCCCCAUGUGGGCACUGCUGGGUUCCACUCCUGGCUCAUCUGUCUCGGGUCCCUACUUCUCCCUAAGCCCACUGAGGGGACCACACCGUGCUCCCUGGCUGGGCCCCAGAGGUUUCUGCAGGAUGUAAGCCGGGGCACUGGGGGCUGCAGACGCCGGGUUUCUGAGGCGCUGGUCCUGGGUCCUGCAAGAACUUGUGAUCUUUCCCCGCACAGUUUCCACCAAGAGGACGGUCGCAGGGCUCCUGCCCCCAGUACCCAGCUGUGGGGUAGGACUGCUAUGGAGAAGGGGAGGAUGCUGCAGUGGCACGAAAAAAUGGACAACCCUCAUGGCCAGGCAGGUGGCAGUCCUCAAAGGCCAGCCCUGGGGAAUGUGGAGGGAUUCCUCACCAGGGCUGAGGGAGGGGAAGCCUAGAGUCAGGCCUCCAAACCACAGGCUGGCCAGAGGGGGCCGCGGGCCAGGAACACCAAGGAUGGAAUGCCAAGGAGGGGGAGGUGGCUUGGGAACCCUGUCCCCUGCCCCCUGUUGCCUGCAAGGGGGUCCCUGAGGGGCACCUGUGACUGACACAUCUGGCCAGAGAUGAGCCUGAAAGCCCAGUGGCCUGAGCAUCGUGGGUGGGCACGGGAAGGGGCCAAGACGCCAAACGGCUCUAAGGACAGGUCUGCAAAGCAGAGGGAGGAGAGGAGACCUGGCAGGAGCUGGGCUUUCUCCACACGGGCGCUCAGCCAGAGGCGCUUGAAAGGAGGGCACUUCUGGAAGGAGGGGCCGGCAGGGGGCGUCAUGCUACCCACAGUCGUCUAGGCCACAGCAGCCUGCUCUUGGGUUCCUGGUGGAGAAUGUCCACUCCCCUGAAGACAGGCCAAGCCACAUCCCACGCCAGCCACAAGUAAUGACUGCAGGCUCCCAGGCCAGCCCAGGGUGCCUACCACGGGCCAAGUGGUCUCAGGACCCCUGGGCAGCCACACUAAAGGGUGCUGCAGUCUCCACCCACCAGUUCCACAAAGCUCCGCUGCACACAGGGUGCCCAGGGCUAGUUACCUGUGACUGCGGGAUCUGGCCCCACGCUGCCCAGAGGCCUUGCUCCCUCUAACUCUUUCUUGCUCUGCCCUCCCCCUUGUGCUGAGCCCCUCCUCCACA